AUGCUCCCUCAGAUAGAUGAUGUAAUCGAGUUCUGCUGUAAGAUAUUAGAGAAUACCCAGAUUGAAGCGGCUGUAAAAAAAUCUAAAAGAGGAGCUGUUGCUACUGGGGGAGGGGCUAUUAUAGGAGGGCUACUAGGAGGUCCACCCGGUAUAUUUAUUGGUGGUACUUUGGGAAGUGCUGUGGGAUGGUUGAUGACUAGAGACCAAUUCCGUCCUCUUCAUCAGAUCAUAAUGGAGAUGUCUCCUAAACAGAAGAAGAAACUGUACUCUGCGGUGAUGGAAAAACUGGGCAAUCUUGCAUGGGAUAACCUGCCUGAACUCAUUUUGUCAGUGAUAAGAAAUGCCUCUCUAAUGACGCAAAUACUUGAUAUUUUAGAGUCUUUUGCCAAAGAGCAGCUCAAAGCCAAAGUGAAGCAUGGAAAAAAGUAGAAUCUUAUAAUUUCACCUAGGGCCUG